AUGGCGGGUUACCUUGAGGCUCUUAACCCUCUUGCUUGGGAGAAAACCGCCCAUGAAGUGUGGAAAGAGUUUGAGACCAUUCAUGUUGGGUCUAAGAAGCUCCGUGAGGAGAAGUACCAAGUGCUUAAGGAGAAACUCAAUGAAUUCAAGAUGCAUCCUAGUGAACUAGUUGAACAAAUGUAUGCUAGGUUGAAUGUUCUUGUUGAAGAUAUUAACACGCUUGAAAUUUCUCCUUUGUCUACUAGUGACAUCAUCCGGAAGAUUCUCCACUCAUUGCACAAGGCCAAGUACAACAUUGUGACAUCUUUGCUCUAUGAGAAAGAUCUUUCAACAUUGCAACCAAACAAGAAGAGCAAGGGCAAGGCACCUAUAUCAAAUUCAAGUGAAGCUAGUGAUGACUCAAGUGAUGAGGAUGGUGAUAAAGACACCAAGCUUGCUCUCCUCAUGAGGAAGACCACAAAACUCAUGUCAAGGUUGAACAAGAAGGGGUACAACUUCGACCUCAAGAAAAACAAGUUCCGUACAAGGAAGCCCAAAGAUGCCAUCAAGAAGAUAUGCUAUGUUUGUGGCAAAUAUGAUCAUCUUUCAUAUGAUUGCCCUCAAGAAUCAAACAAGAAGCAAGAUGAGGACAAUCAACCAAGGCACAAGAAAGAUCAUGAUCACAAGAAGGACCAUGACAAGAAAGAGUACAAGAAGAAGAAAUCCUUCAAGAAGAAAGAGAAGAUCAAGGCUUUCCUUGGGGAGUGGAUCACCGAUGGCGAGAUCUCAAGUGACGACGACGACGAUGAUGAUGAUGAUGACACCAAGAAAGUCGUUGUGGGGAUCGCCAUCCAUGAGGAUGAACCACCGCUACCUCCACCACCCAUGUGCCUCAUGGCUAGAGGUAACCCCAAGGUAAAUUCCGAUGACUCAUGCUUUAGUGAUGAUGAUAGUGAAAAUGAGUUAUCUCCUAGAGAUCUUAAGUUGCUCCUAGAUGAAUAUAAUGACAUGAUCAAGAAGCUUAAAUCUAAACUCAAGUGUUUAAAAAAUGUGCAUGUUGAGCUUAAGACUUCACAUGAUGAGUUACUUGUUAGACACAAUGAGGUAGUAGAGACUCAUGAAAAAUGUGUUGCAUCUAGCAAGCAACUUAGAGAGGAUCAUGAUAAGUUACUUGUUAAGCACAAUAAACUAGUUGAAAAACAUGAUGAAGUAGUUGUGCUCAACAAGUCGCUUGAAGAGUCCAACAAGAAGCUUAAGCUUGAUUAUGCUAAUUUAAAUUCAAAAUAUCAAGAACUUGAGUUUGCUUUUGAUGCUAUUGAUGAUGAACUUGAAAGUCUAAAAACUAAAAACAUCAAUGCAUCAACUUCUUGUGAAACACAUGUGGAGACUUCCAAAUCUUUCACUAGUCAUGAUGUCCAUAGUUCUUCCAAGACUAACCAUGAUAGGGAAAGGGAGCUUGAGGAGGAGCUCCAAAGCUUGACCACGUGCAUGUUCAAUAUGGCAUGUGAUAGAAAGGGCAAGGCCAAGGUUGACGAGCAGCCUAAGAAGAAGAAGCGGACUCGUGAGGAGCGAGAGUGGGACCAUGCACAUGCAGCCGCAGCUGCUACAGACCGCCCUCAGAGGCCGUUUCAGAUUAGAGAGUCCAGUGCAGCCACUCAGGGGGAGUCCGAGCCAGAUGCAGAGGCACCACCAGUGAACAGAGUUAGGAGGAUGAGAUAUGUGGAUGAGCAGACUUGGUUUCCCGAGCAGAGGGAUAGGGACACAGACCCGUGCUUUCACACACUCCUCCAGGAGUCCUUCUACUUCGGGUACGUCUAG